AUGGGGGCUCCAUCAGUCGGCGAAAUGUCGCCAGCCGAAGCUGAAUCAGUCUAUUUCAAUGAAUACCCCCCACCAAAAGCACUCCCCAAACACGAAGCGCUGGCGCGCGCAUUCAUCAACCUGCACGUGGAAGAGCACAGACGAGUAGCUCUCGUUACCUCCGGAGGCACAACAGUCCCCCUAGAAGCACAAACCGUCCGAUUCAUCGACAACUUCUCCGCCGGAACGCGCGGUGCCACAUCUGCCGAGUACUUCCUAGAGCAGGGAUACGCCGUGAUCUUCCUGCACCGCCAAUACAGUCUCCUCCCAUACUCCCGGCACUACAGCCACUCAACAAACUGUUUCCUGGACUUCAUGGACGAAGCGCCACCGUCCUCAGAAUCCUCCAAUUCAGGCAGCGACAACGGACCGAUCAAGGUGCGCGACGAGUAUCAAGACGAGAUGCGCAGCGUGCUCCGCAAAUACCGCUACGCAAAACAAAAUAACCGUCUCCUCCUUCUCCCCUUCACAACCGUCUCCGAAUACAUGUUUGAGCUGCGCUCCCUAGCACAGCUCAUGCGACCCCUGGGUGCCAAUGCCCUCUUCUACCUCGCCGCCGCAGUCAGCGACUUCUUCAUCCCGCGCAGCCGAAUGGCCGAACACAAGAUUCAAUCUAUGGAAAUACCCGCCAACUUCCAAGACAACAACGCCGUCAACUCAAACGACAUCUACACCGGCGAAAACGAAGAAGAACCCUCGAGCCGCAAGAAACUCGUCGUGAAUCUCGAUCCCGUACCCAAGUUCCUACACCGCCUCGUGGACGGCUGGGCGCCGGAGGGAAGCAUGAUUGUCUCGUUUAAACUAGAGACGGACCCCUCCCUGCUUGUCUACAAAGCGCGUACUGCCUUGCAGCGGUAUUCGCAUCAUCUUGUUAUUGGUAACUUGCUCUCCACGCGGAAGUGGGAGGUUGUCUUUAUCACGCCUGAUCCGCCGUAUGAGCGCUGGCUGCGGGUUCCAAAGUCAAGGCGUAGUAAGAGUAUUUCAGGGGUUGAGGAUCAGGUUGGGUUGGCGGAGGCUAAGAAGGGGAACACUGUGCCUGUUGAGCAGACUGAGGGGGAGCAGGUUCCUGAUGGGAGUCGGGAUGGGAUUGAGAUUGAGACUCUUAUUAUUCCAGAGUUGGUCAAGUUGCAUGAUAAGAUGGUUGAGAAGAAGGCUCAAUCUACGCAGUGA